AUGAAAUCAUUCAACUCCAUUUUCCUCUCCGCACUUCUCGCCACCAAUGUCAUCGGUGCACCACUUCAAGUUCGCGACGAAGCUGUAGUUGACGCUACACUAGAAGAGAACGCCGUCGACGUGCCUACAUUUGACUGCUGCGCUGGGUGGAUAAAGGAACGGGAUGCUACAGCUAUCAAGGAGGCCAGGGAGGAGGAGAAUGCCCUUGACGAUUUGGUUGGCACUGUGAGCAUUGAAGGGUCACCUGUAUGGUUGAAAACAAGGGAGGCUGAAGGAGCGGCUUCUGUCUAG